AUGCCUCAGGACGCACAGGAGAACCGGAAACAGCUCAAAAACGCCUUUGACGCUAUCAAUAAACCGCUGCAGGCGGUCGAACGAGACUUCAGGAUAUACACGACCGAGGAUGGCACCCAGAUCAAUACCACAGACCGUGUAGUUUCUUCGGUCAAGCCGCCUGCUACAUUCAAUCCCUUAGACGAAGAGGUGUUCUUGCCCAAUGGUCUUCCGAACUGUGAGUUCCUCAAACAACACUUUUUCGAUGAGGGUAGGCUACAGGAGCAUCAGGCCCUUCGAAUUCUUGAAAAUGCCACCAAGCUCUUGGCGUCAGAGCCUACUCUAUUGACAGUGCCUGCGCCAGUGACGGUGUGUGGAGAUAUCCACGGACAGUACUAUGACUUGAUGAAAUUAUUUGAGGUGGGAGGCGAUCCGGCAGAGACGUCAUACUUAUUUUUGGGUGACUACGUAGACCGUGGUUCAUUUUCCAUUGAGUGCUUACUAUACCUCUACUCGUUGAAACUCACCUAUCCUAGGCUGUUCUUCAUGCUCAGAGGCAACCACGAAUGUAAACAUUUGACCGACUACUUUACAUUCCGCUCUGAAUGCUUGCAUAAAUACUCCCUUACAGUAUACGAGGGUUCGCUCAAAUCGUUUAAUGCCUUGCCGUUGGCGGCCAUUAUGAACAACCAAUUCUUCUGUGUUCAUGGUGGUCUUUCGCCUGACCUCAAGACUCUAGACGACGUAAGAAAUAUUGACCGCUUCCGCGAGCCCCCUACGAAGGGUAUCAUGUGUGAUUUGCUCUGGGCUGACCCUAUUGAAGACUAUGACGAUGAUGCUGAGGACAGGCCAUAUCUCAGAAAUACUGUCAGAGGUUGUUCUUAUGCAUUUACCUUUAAAGCAAGCUCCCAGUUUCUCGAACGAACAGGUUUGCUCUCGAUUAUUCGCGCACAUGAAGCACAAGACACGGGGUAUAGGAUGUACAAGCGGUCCAAAACCACUGGGUUUCCGUCCUUAUUAACAAUGUUUAGUGCUCCGAACUACUUGGACAAUUACAACAACAAGGCCGCUGUUCUCAAAUAUGAAAACAACGUCAUGAACAUUCGUCAAUUCAAUAGCUCUCCACAUCCAUACUGGCUUCCACAUUUUAUGGAUGUAUUCACUUGGUCACUUCCUUUCGUAGGAGAGAAAGUCACAGAUAUGUUGAUGUCCAUUCUCAACAUCUGUACGGAAGAGGAGCUUGAUGAAGAGACUGCCAUCGCGCAAACAGAAGACACUCCACAGCUGUCUCCACUACAGUCGUCAUUCACAUUGCCUGAGGCAGUAAUCGGCCAGGUCCCAACGAUACCAGAGGAAGAGCCAGAGCUCACUUUGGAAAAUAAGAAACAGGCAUUGCGAAACAAGGUUCUCGCUAUCGGUCGGGUGGCAAGAAUGUAUCAGCUUCUCAGAGAGGAGUCAGAGCAGGUUGCACAUUUGAAGAGUCUCAACUCAGGCGAGUUACCAAAAGGUCUGUUAAUGAAUGGUAGACAGGGCUUGCAAAAUGCCAUCACCUCUUUUGAGCAGGCGAAGAAACAGGAUUUGGUGAACGAGGCUCUUCCUCCAAGUGAAGAAGAACUUAGGAAGAUCGACGAGCAAAGGAAACGGAAGAUUCGGAGCGAGAUUGGGAACGACGACAAAUACAACUCCGCUAUCCUGAAGCUUAUGCGCAAGUUCACCAGUUGA